CAUCUCUACAACACAAUGCUCGCCACAAUUGCAAGGCGUUCGUAUAUUGCGUCCUCACGUGUAAUUGGAAGUCGAUCGCUCCGGUCAAUUUUCGCAACGUCAGCAGAAAGCGCAGCUGCAGGCAGUUUUAGACAAAUUCAAUUACAACAUUCACAUAAAACAAUUUCGAACAUGCCGCUGUACCAAACUGUGGAGAAGGGAGCUAAGAACUCUUCAAACUACAGCCUUUAUUUCAAAAAUAACUGCGGCAAUGUCAUCUCGCCGAUGCACGACAUUCCAUUGUUUGCCAACGAGGAGAAGACCGUCUACAAUAUGGUCGUUGAGGUGCCACGUUGGACAAACGCCAAAAUGGAGAUUAGCCUGAAGACCCCAAUGAAUCCCAUUAAGCAAGACAUCAAGAAGGGCAAACUGCGCUUUGUGGCCAAUUGCUUCCCCCACAAGGGUUACAUCUGGAAUUAUGGCGCUUUGCCCCAGACCUGGGAGAAUCCCGAUCACAUUGAGCCAUCCACCGGUUGCAAGGGCGAUAACGAUCCCAUCGAUGUUAUCGAGAUUGGCUAUCGCGUUGCCAAUCGUGGUGAUGUUCUGCAAGUCAAAGUGCUGGGCGCCAUUGCACUUAUCGAUGAGGGCGAAACUGAUUGGAAAAUCAUCGCUAUCGAUGCCAAGGACCCAGUGGCAUCGAAAGUCAAUGAUAUUGCCGAUGUCGAUCAAUAUUUCCCCGGCUUGUUGCGCGCCACAGUCGAAUGGUUCAAGAUCUACAAAAUUCCCGAUGGCAAACCAGAGAAUCAGUUUGCCUUUAACGGCGAUGCCAAAAAUGCUGAAUUCGCCACUACCGUGAUUGCCGAGACGCACAAAUUCUGGCAGUCUUUGAUUAAUCAGCCCAAUGGUGGCAAUACGGCUAUUGCUUGUCAAAACAUCACCAAUACAAACUCUGAUAAUCGCAUUGGCAAGGAGCAAUCGGCCAAGCUGCUGGAUGAUGCUCCCGAAGGCGGCGAUGUCGAGGAAGUGGCCGACACAGUCGACACUUGGCAUUUCAUACACCUCAAGUGAAUUGAGUCGCAAUUGAAAUGAAUUAAAAUCGUAUCAAUUAUUGUAGAUGUAUAUGAAUUGUUGGUAUUGAUAUUGGAAACUCAACUGAAUAAAAUACACAUUGAAUAAA